GCAGCCCAGGCAACCAAUCAGGUGCGAGCACGGCGCCGGGCGGGGCUCCCAUUGGCCCACUCCGCCCGGGACCCGAGAGACCCUUUACUCAGCAGCUGCGGUCGGGGGCGCCCAGAGCCCUGCACGGGGCACGGAGCAGCGAGGGCCAGGGCGGCCAGGGUGCGCCCGCGGGCGCAGGCACGUCCUCGGCCCGACCCCGUCGGGGCCCCGUCCGUCCCCACCAUGGCCUUCUGGACGCACCUAAUGCUGCUGCUUUGGAAGAAUUUCCUGUAUCGCAGGAGACAGCCGGUCCAGCUCCUGGUGGAGUUGCUGUGGCCCCUCUUUCUCUUCUUCAUCCUGGUGGCCGUCCGCCACUCCCACCCGCCUCUGGAGCACCACGAAUGCCACUUCGCCAACAAGCCGCUGCCCUCGGCCGGCACCAUCCCUUGGCUCCAGGGUCUCGUCUGCACCCUGAACAACACCUGCUUCCCGCAGCCCACGCCCGCCGAGCAGCCCGGGGUCCUCAGCAACUUCAAGGACUCCCUGGUCUCCCGGCUCCUGGCAGAUGCCCACACCGUCCUGGGGGGGCCCAGUGCCCGCAGAACGCUGGCCAGCCUGGGAAAGCUGAUGCCAACGCUGAGCGCCGCCGGCAGAGCAGCCCGGCCUCAACCCAGCGACCCAGCGCAAGACCGACCACACCCUGAGCUGCUGGGGACACUGCUUGGGAAGGAAUCCCUGGGGUCUGUGCUGGGCCACGCCCAGGAGUCCGUGGCCAACUUCGUGGAGGCCGCAGAGGACCUGGCCCAGGAGCUCCUGGCACUGCCCAGCCUGGUGGAGCUGCAGGCGCUGCUGCGAAGACCCCAAGGAGCUGGAGGUCCCCUGGAGGCUGUAUCGGAGGCCCUCUGCGGUGCCCGGGGGCCCGGCAUCCCAGGGGGGCCCUCCCUCGGCUGGCACGAGGCCGGCCACCUGAAGGAGCUGGUGGGGCAGGAGGCGCUACCCGACAGCGGCCUGAGCCCGGCCUGUGCUGAGCUCGUGGGGACCCUGGAGACCCACCCACUGUCCCGCCUGCUCUGGAGGCGCCUGAAGCCGCUGGUCCUGGGGAAGCUGCUGUUCACGCCCGACACGGCGUUCACCAGGCAGCUCAUGGCCCAGGUGAACCGGACCUUCCAGGAGCUGGCUCUGCUGAAGGACAUCCCGGAGGUGUGGGCUGCCCUGGGACCCCAGCUCUUCCGCUUCCUGAACGACAGUUCGAACGUGGCCAUGCUGCAGAAGCUCCUGCAAGCUCAGGACAGAGGAAGGAGGCAGCCAGGGUCCCGAGGACAGGACCCGGCCAAGGCUCUUCUCACCUUUCUGGACCCCCGUGGGGACGGCUACGGCUGGCGGGACGCCCAUGCUGACGUGGGGCACCUGGUGGGCCUGCUGGGCCGCGUGAUGGAGUGUGUGACCCUGGACAAGCUGGAGGCCGCACCGUCGGAGGCAGCCCUGGUGGCGCGCAGCCUGCAGCUGCUCUCGGAGCAGCGCUUCUGGGCCGGGGUCGUCUUCCUGGGGCCCGAGGACCCUGGGGACCCUGCUGGGCCCGGUGGCCCCGGCCACGUGCGCAUGAAGAUCCGCAUGGACAUUGACGCCGUCACGAGGACCAACAAGAUCAGGGACAGGUUCUGGGACCCCGGCCCGGCCGCUGACCCCCUCGCUGACCUGCGCUACGUGUGGGGAGGCUUCGUGUACCUGCAGGACCUGCUGGAGGGCGCGGCUGUGCGCGUGCUGAGCGGCUCCGAGCCCCGGGCCCGCCUGUACCUGCAGCAGAUGCUACCCUGCUACGUGGAUGAUGCGUUCCUGCGCGUGCUGGGCCGCUCGCUGCCGCUGUUCCUGACGCUGGCCUGGAUCUACUCGGUGGCGCUGGCGGUGAAGGCCGUGGUGCGCGAGAAGGAGACCCGGCUGCGGGCCACCAUGCGGGCCAUGGGGCUGGGCGCGGCCGCGCUGUGGCUUGGCUGGCUCCUCAGCGGCCUCGGGCCCUUCCUCCUCAGCUCGGCGCUGCUCGUGCUGGUGCUCAAGCUCGGGGACAUCCUCCCCUACAGCCACCCGGCCGUGGUCUUCCUGUUCCUGGCGGCCUUCGCGGUGGCCACCGUGGUGCAGAGCUUCCUCCUGAGCGCCCUCUUCUCCCGCGCCAACCUGGCCGCCGCCUGCGGGGGCCUCGCCUACUUCGUGCUGUACCUGCCCUACGUGCUGUGCGUGGCCUGGCGGGACCAGCUGCCUGCGGGCGGCCUGGCGGCUGCGAGCCUUCUGUCGCCCGUGGCCUUUGGGUUCGGCUGCGAGAGCCUGGCGCUGCUGGAGGAGCAGGGGGAAGGCGCCCAGUGGCACAACAUGGGCACCGCGCCCGCCCCCGAGGUCUUCAGCCUGGCGUGGGUCUCGGGCGUCCUGCUGCUGGACGCUGCGCUCUACGGCCUGGCCACGUGGUACCUGGAGGGGGUCUGCCCAGGCCAGUACGGGAUCCCCAAACCGUGGACCUUCCCCCUUCAGAGGAGCUAUUGGCUCGGACCUCGCUCUCCCGUCGCUUCCCCCCCACCUCCCACCCCGAGGGACCCAGAGGCGCUCACAGAGGAGGUGCCGCCAGGCCUGACCCCCGGGGUCUCCGUUCGAGGCCUGGAGAAGCGCUUUCCGGGCAACCCGCAGCCGGCCCUGCGCGGGCUCACCCUGGACUUCUACGAGGGCCACAUCACCGCCCUGCUGGGUCACAACGGCGCCGGCAAGACCACCACGCUGUCCAUACUGAGUGGUCUCUUCCCGCCCACGGGGGGCUCCGCCUACAUCCUGGGCCACGACAUCCAGUCCAGCCUGGCAGCCGUCCGGCCCCACCUGGGCGUCUGCCCGCAGUACAACGUGCUGUUCGACCUGCUGACGGUGGACGAGCACAUCUGGUUCUACGGGCGGCUGAAGGGCCUGAGUGCCGCUGCCGUCCGCCGCGAGCAGGCCCGGCUCCUGCAGGACGUGGGGCUCGUCCCCAAGCGCCGUGCACAGACGCGCCACCUGUCUGGUGGGAUGCAGAGGAAGCUGUCAGUGGCCAUGGCCUUCGUGGGUGGCUCCCGGGUGGUCAUCCUGGAUGAGCCCACCGCCGGCGUGGAUCCUGCCUCCCGCCGCAGCAUUUGGGAGCUGCUGCUUAAAUACCGGGAAGGUCGCACGCUGAUCCUCUCCACCCACCACCUGGACGAGGCAGAGGUCCUGGGGGACCGUGUGGCCGUGGUGGCGGGAGGCCGCGUAUGCUGCUGCGGUUCCCCGCUCUUCCUGCGCCGUCACCUGGGCUCCGGCUACUACCUCACGCUGGUGAAGUCGCGCCCGUCCCCGGCCGCCGGCGGAGAGGGGAACGCUGACUCGGAGGCCGCCACGGGGCCCGGGCGGGAGGCAGAGCAGGCCGGCCAGCGCAGCGCAGCUGGUGCCGCCCAGCUGCUCUCCUUUGUGCAGCAGCUGGUGCCCGGGGCGCGGCUGGUGGAGGAGCUGCCCCACGAGCUGCUGCUGGUGCUGCCCUACGGGGGCGCCGUGGACGGCAGCUUUGCCAGGCUCUUCCGGGAGAUGGACCGGCGGCUGGGGGAGCUGGGGCUGGCCAGCUACGGGAUCUCCGACACCAGCCUCGAGGAGAUCUUCCUGAAGGUGAUGGAGGACCAUGCUGUGGACACAGACCUGGAGGGUCAUGGCCGCAGGCAGCAGCCCCCGAGCACCGGCCCAGACAGGACCACACGGCUCAAGACUGUGCCGGAGCCGCGGGCCCAGGAGGACAGGGAGCUCGCUCUGUCUGCCCCAGAAACACAGGCCCUGCAGGGCUCUGGGCCGCUCGCCACGGGCCGCCUCCGGGGCUGGCCGCUGACCUGCCAGCAGCUCUGCGCCCUGCUUCUCAAGCGCUUCCUGCUUGCGUGCCGCAGCCGCCGGGGCCUGUUUGCCCAGAUCGUGCUGCCUGCCCUCUUCGUGGGCCUGGCACUGCUGUUCAGCCUCAUCGUGCCACCCUUCGGACACUACCCGGCUCUGCAGCUCAGGCCCAGCAUGUACGGCGCCCAGGUGUCCUUCUUCAGUGAGGACGCCCCGGGGACCUCGGACCAAGCCCACCUGCUGGCGAUGCUGCUGGAGGAGGCGGGACUGGGGGAGGGGGCGCACCGGCAGGACGGCUCCGCCAGGACGCCUGGGUGCACACAGCCCGCCGCCUGCCGGUUCUGGGCACCGGAGGUGCCCACGGCCGUGGCUGAGGUCUUGGCCAGCGGCAACUGGACGCCCGGGUCGCCGUCCCCCGCCUGCCGCUGCAGCCAGCCCGGAGCGCGGCGCCUGCUGCCCGACUGCCCCGCGGCGGCUGGCGGCCCCCCUCCGCCCCAGGCGCUGGCCGGCUCCGGAGAGGUGGUGCAGAACCUGACGGGCCGCAACCUGUCCGACUUCCUGGUGAAGACCUACCCGCGCCUGGUGCAGCGGGGCCUGAAGACCAAGAAGUGGGUGAAUGAGGUCAGGUAUGGGGGCUUCUCCUUGGGGGGCCGAGACCCAGGCCUGCCCUCAGGGCAGGAGGUCAGCCGCUCGGUGGAAGAGCUGCGGGCGCUGCUGAGCCCCCCACCCGGCGGGGCCCUAGACCGCAUCCUGAACAACCUCACGGCCUGGGCUCGCAGCCUAGAUGCCAAGGACAGCCUCAAGAUCUGGUUCAACAACAAGGGCUGGCACGCCAUGGUGGCCUUUGUCAACAGAGCCAACAACGCGCUCCUACACGCCCGCCUGCCCCCGGGCCCUCCCCGCCAUGCCCACAGCAUCACCACGGUCAACCACCCACUGAAUCUCACCAAGGAGCAGCUGUCGGAGGCGGCGCUGAUGGCCUCCUCGGUGGACGUGCUGGUGUCCAUCUGUGUGGUCUUCGCCAUGUCUUUUGUCCCAGCCAGCUUCACCCUCGUGCUCAUCGAGGAGCGUGUCACCAGGGCGAAACACCUGCAGUUUAUGGGGGGCCUGCCUCCCACUCUCUACUGGCUCAGCAACUUUCUGUGGGACAUGUGUAACUACUUGGUGUCAGCGUGCAUCGUGGUGCUCAUCUUCCUGGCCUUCCAGCAGAAGGCGUACGUGGCCCCCGCCAACCUGCCCGCCCUCCUGCUGCUGCUGCUGCUCUACGGCUGGUCCAUCACGCCGCUCAUGUACCCGGCCUCCUUCGUCUUCUCCGUGCCCAGCACGGCCUACGUGGUGCUCACCUGCGUCAACCUGUUUGUUGGCAUCAAUGGCAGCAUGGCCACCUUCGUGCUCGAGCUGUUCUCUGACAAGAAGCUGCAGGACGUGAGUCGGGUCCUGAAGCAGGUCUUCCUUGUCUUCCCCCACUUCUGCUUGGGUCGGGGGCUCAUCGACAUGGUGCGGAACCAGGCCAUGGCUGACGCCUUUGAGCGCUUAGGAGAUGGGCAGUUCCAGUCACCCCUGCGCUGGGAGGUGGUCGGCAAGAACCUCGUGUGCAUGGCGGUGCAGGGGCCGCUCUUCCUCCUCUUCACGCUCCUGUUGCAGCACUGCAACCGCCUCCUGCCACAACCCCGGCUGAGGUCGCUGCCCCCCCUGGGGGAGGAGGAUGAGGACGUGGCCCGAGAGCGGGAACGGGUGGUGCACGGGGCCACCCAGGAGGACGUGCUGGUGCUAAGAGACCUGACCAAGGUGUACCACGGGCAGAGGACACCGGCUGUCGACCGCCUGUGCCUGGGGAUCCCUCCUGGUGAGUGUUUCGGGCUGCUGGGAGUGAACGGAGCAGGGAAGACGUCCACAUUUCGCAUGGUGACCGGGGACAUGCUGCCCAGCGGUGGUGAGGCCGUGCUGGCAGGUCACAGCGUGGCCAGGGAGCCGGCCGCCGCGCACCGCCACAUGGGCUACUGCCCGCAGUCCGACGCUGUCUUCGAGCUGCUGACCGGCCGGGAGCACCUGGAGCUGUUCGCGCGCCUGCGCGGCGUCCCCGAGGCUCAGGUCGCCCAGACGGCGAGCUGGGGCCUGGCACACCUGGGGCUCCGCCAGUGCGCGGACCGACCCGCGGGCACCUACAGUGGCGGCAACAAGAGGAAGCUGGCGACGGCGGCGGCGCUGGUGGGGGACCCGGCUGUGGUCUUCCUGGACGAGCCGACCACUGGCAUGGACCCCAGCUCCCGGCGCUUUCUCUGGAACAGGCUCCUGGCCGUGGUGCGGGAGGGCCACUCCGUGGUGCUCACGUCGCACAGCAUGGAGGAGUGCGAGGCCCUGUGCACGCGCCUGGCCAUCCUGGUGGACGGGCGGUUCCGCUGUCUGGGCAGCGCGCAGCACCUGAAGAGCAGGUUCGGAGCGGGCCACACGCUGACCCUGCGGGUGCCCGCAGCGCGGGCCGACUCGGCCGUGGCCUUCGUGGGGGCGGCGUUCCCGGGGGCCGAGCUGCGCGGGGCGCACGGCAGCCGCCUGCGCUUCCAGCUGCCGCCGGGAGGGCGCUGCGCCCUGUCCCGCGUCUUCGGGGAGCUGGCGGCGCGCGGGGCGGAGCUGGGCGUGGACGACUUCUCCGUGAGCGCGACGGCGCUGGAGGAGGUGUUCCUCGACUUCUCCGCGGCGCAGGGGCAGCGCGAGGCCCGCACGCAGGACGCGGGGGCGGGCACGGACCCCUGCGCGGCCGAGUCGGCGCUCUGAGCCCCCCCCCCCCCCCCCCCCCCCCCCCGGGG